AAUCCAAGCUGGAAGAGAGGGUUGUUGAAGAUCAAUUGACUCGUAGCUAUUUACUCGUAGCUAUUUUAAGCUAUUAUGCCUCAGGCAAGAAUGACUAAGCAGGGCAUCCAUUGGGAUGAUAUCACGAGCAUCAAACGCAUUCUCAACGAGACACUGAGUCUGAAUUGAAAGACAUUCAGCUGCGUGAAUAUUCAUCAUGUCUGCUCAACGAAUUGCAUACAAAGUCCACGGCACAGUUCAAGGUGUCGGAUACCGGGACUUUACCCAAAGACGCGCUGCUGAAUUCGGCCUCAAGGGCUGGGUGAAGAACACCUCUGACGGGCUGGUCGAAGGCGAAGCCCAAGGCGAUCAGAACUCCGUACAAAAACUCAUCCAGGAACUUGGCAAAGGGCCUCGUCUGGCACAUGUGACAAAGCUGCAGAAGAAGGAUAUUACGCCUGAAGAGGGGGAGAGUCACUAUGCUGUGAGACGGACGUCGGAUUCGGUGAUUAGUUUUGAUUAGCUUUGAUUAGCUUUGAUGCUCUAGGUGGAGGUUUGUGUAUACCAGUUUACGAAAUGAUCAAUGAAGCGGAUGACCCAUGUGAGCAAG